UGUACGAUAUUUAUGAAGGUCCGCGGAGAUCAAUUUUAGAAACACUCUCUUGCGAUACUGACAAGACGUGUACAGUAUUGGAGCGUGAAUAUAUUUGAAACUGCUUCGGCCUCGUAUCGGCACGCGCUGGCACCGUGGCUAGCAUAUAAUCUGAUACGGGUCAUAUCAGACAGCCGAAUACGAAUAAAAGCCCUCGUCACUCUCUCUCUCUAGUGAUGGCCUUAGCACAAACGGAUUAUUUCAGAACCCUGGCUCUGAAGGCUGCAAUGCUCGUGUAUGUGCUAUUAAUGCACGAGCUCGUCGUAAACGGCGACAGUACGCCGGCAGCCUCAAAAAAUGAGAACGCUGGCAGCGGCCAGCAUAGCGAAGACAGACAGACUACGCCAUCGAGUUCUAUUCUCGGUAACUACACCAAAUGGGCCGUCUCUACGGACGCUGCGCAGUGCGUAAAUGUCAGCAGGAACAUCUUCAACAAGGGCGGUAGCACUGCGGACGCUGCCAUUGCUACACUACUGUGCAUGGGAGUUGUCAUACCUCACUCUAUGGGCAUCGGCGGUGGUUUCAUAGCAACCGUAUAUAACCAGUCCUCCAGAGAAGCAAAGAUACUGAUCGCCCGAGAAAGAGCACCGGAGAAUGUGACGAAAGACUUGUUUGUUAACAAAACGUUUAAAAGCAUCAUAGGCGGCCUUGCGGUGGCUGUACCAGGAGAGCUGCGUGGCUACCACGAACUCCACAAAAUCUACGGAAAACUGAAUUGGUCUGACCUGUUCGAUGACGCCAUACUAUUCGCCAGAUGCGGAUUCCCUAUUGGAAAGCACCUCGCCGACGCGCUGAAAGCCGGAGAAAAAUACAAGUUUGAGCUGGCGAACAAAACGAGGCGAGCAUUCUGGAACAACCAGACGGGAAGAAUUCUUCACGAAGGGGAAACACUUAUCCAGGAAGAUUUGGCACAGACACUAGAGACUGUGCGCGAUCAGGGAGCUGACUACUUUUACACUGGGAACUUAUCCAAGCAGGUCGUGAAGGAGGUCCAAGAAAAUGGCAAGUUUUCUUUGCCAUUGGCAUUUCAUGCUUUAAGUUCAGUUAUAUACAUCGCCGAGCUCGAAGAGCUACCCAGAUUCAAGCACAGCGUAGUCAAAGAGCUCGACGUCUAUGUCUUGUUCAUCCUGAUUCUUAUGCACAAACGCGUAAACAGUCAACAUAAACGCAAUAUCCUGCAAUUUGUUAAAUUUGUUCACCGCAGGUUCACCGAGUCGUGCAAGUUUGGCUAUGCGAAGAGAGCUCUCCUAGGGGAUGCUGAAUUCGUCGAUCGCAAAGAGUUGAUCAAGAACAUGACAUCCAAGUGGUUCGCCAAUGAAGCAAAGUCAAAGAUCAACGACUCAUGCACUCACAAUGACCCUGAAUACUACGGCUUUGUCAAUGAAACCAUUGAACAGGACACGGGCACCGCACAUGCCACAUUCUGGGGGCAAGAUGGCAUCACAAUCAGCGUCUCCAGCACCAUAAACUAUUAUUUCGGCAGUCUGAUACGCACCCAGUCGGGAAUAUUGCUAAAUAAUGAGAUGGACGACUUUUCUACUCCUGGAAAGCCAAAUAUCUACGGAGUAGCUCCUUCAAAGUCAAACUUCAUCGCUCCAGGAAAGCGGCCUAUGUCGUCUAUGGCACCAAUGGUGCUAGUGAAUUCUGAAGGGGCAGUCCAGCUCGCCUUGGGAGGAACCGGUGGAUCCUUGAUCACUUCCGGAGUCGCUUUGGUGACUGUUCGGGCACUCUGGCAGAAUUACAACAUUAAAGAGGCCAUUGACAUGCCGAGAAUCCACCACCAGCUCCUCCCAAAUAACCUUAUGGUUGAACCUUCGUUCCCAGAGGAGGAUAGACAGGCGCUGCGAAAAUUUGGUCACAACGUUACAGAGCGUAAGGGAAGGUUCAACGUCAUACUGGGUCUCUGCGGACGAGAUGGACGCAUAUUUGCCAACUCCGACUACAGGAAAGGCGGUGCCGUGGACGGCGAAUAAAACGUUCAUACC